UUGUGAUUGACAGCGAAACUAUCCAAUAGGCUGCUACGCUCUGAUCGCUGCUAAUCAGCAACCGCCGCAGCCUCUUAGCCCCGCCCCUCGUUGAGCCUCAGCUAAAACAGCGAAAUGUAACCCAACAUUAUAUUUACAGUUAGAUUUAUAUUCUUAGCCUUCAUAGCCGCAUUUAAUGUGCAGACUAUUUGAGUGAUUUAAUAAACUCGGAGCCACUGAGCCGGUGUAAACAUGCUCCAGAGGCUCGCUGCGUUGUCGUGUCGGCGGCCCGCUGCUGCUGCUCCUCUCGCCGCGGCUGUGCGGUGCGCCUCCUCGGGCUCCGUGGACAUCAAGGCCCCGCUGAACUUCUGGGCUGGGAAGAGAAGGAGAGGCCCGGAGAAGUGCAGGGAAGAUGUUUACGAGCCUGCAACUGGCCGUGUCUUGUGCCAUCUGGAGCCGUGUGGCGCUGUGGAGGUUGAUCAGGCUGUGAAAGCUGCAAAGUCAGCCUUUGGCCAUUGGAGCAAAAUGUCGGGGAUGGAGAGGGCGAGGACCAUGAUAGAAGCUGCCCACAUCAUUGAGAGCAGGAGAGAGGAGAUAGCUGAGAUGGAGGUGGUCAACAACGGGAAGUCCAUCACAGAGGCCCGUCUGGAUGUGGACUCUGCCAGACUGUGUAUAGAGUACUACGCAGGACUGGCCAGCACUCUGGCAGGCCAGCAUGUCCAGCUACCAGGAGGAUCCUUUGCCUACACCCGUAGGGAGCCUCUGGGAGUCUGUGCCGGUAUCGGUGCUUGGAAUUAUCCCUUCCAGAUCGCUGCCUGGAAGUCAGCUCCAGCCCUGGCCUGUGGUAACUCCAUGGUGUUUAAGCCAUCACCGGUGACUCCUGUGACUGCAGUCCUGCUGGCGGAGAUCUACACGCAGGCCGGAGCUCCAGAGGGGCUGUUCAACGUGGUACAGGGCGGCCAGGAGACGGGCGGCUUGCUGUGUCACCAUCCCGAUGUCGCCAAGUUGUCUUUCACUGGGAGCGUGCCCACAGGACAGAAGAUUAUGGAGAUGGCAUCUAAGGGGGUGAAACCGGUGACGCUGGAGCUUGGGGGGAAAUCUCCUCUGCUCAUCUUUCAGGACAGUGAUCUGGAGAACGCUGUGAGGGGGGCUCUCAUGGCCAACUUUCUGUCUCAAGGCCAGGUCUGCAGCAAUGGAACAAGGGUGUUUGUUCAGAGGGACAUUCUGCCUGAGUUUGUGGAGGAGGUGGUGAAGAGGACCCAAGCAAUCGAAAUAGGAGACCCUCUGCUCGAGAGCACCAGAAUGGGAGCGCUGGUCAGCCGGUCACAUCUAGAAAAAGUCUUAUCCUUUGUUGAUCAGGCAAAGAAAGAGGGAGCAACAGUGUUGUGCGGGGGCGAACCUUUUGUCCCGUCAGAUCCCAAACUCAGAGGUGGAUACUACAUGAGCCCAUGUGUCCUGGGCAACUGCACGGAUGAGAUGACCUGUGUGAAGGAGGAGAUCUUCGGUCCAGUCAUGUCUGUGCUGUCCUUCGAAACAGAAGAGGAGGUGCUGCAGAGAGCCAACGACACCACGAUGGGUCUGGCUGCAGGCGUUUUCACCAGGGACGUGCGGCGAGCCCAUCGCGUGGUCGAGCACCUCAAGGCUGGCUCCUGCUUCAUCAACAACUACAACAUCACUCCUGUGGAGGUGCCCUUCGGAGGCUUCAAAAUGUCAGGCAUAGGACGGGAGAACGGCCAGGUGACGAUCGAAUACUACACCCAGCUGAAGACUGUGUUUGUGGAGAUGGGAGACGUGGACAGCCUCUUCUAGACCACACAGCCAAAGGAAGCUGCAGCACCGAGCCAGAGACUCAAUCAGACAUUUCUUCCAUCGCUCAGGGAAAAGCCAUCUAACGACUGUGCAACUGAGGCCGCAGUAUCAUAGCAGAGUAGGGAGACGAAUGUGGGUGGAAAUGCAUGAAAAUUAAACAUAAUAAGCACUAUUGCCUCAGCCAGUCUGAUCUAGAUAAAGAUUUAUCCGUUGAUUUCAUAUAUUUUACUAUAAAUGAGUUUCAUAUUGUGCUUCAUGACUGCCUCAGUAAUGUUUACGAUUUAUAUGAAGUAUACAAUUUCAAAUGUAUUUUACACGUUUAUACAACAAAACAAUGUUCGUCAAACUUUAUUUUUUCAACUAUAUACAUCAGUAUUUUUCGUACACAGCCAAUACUAAGAAAUAAACACUUUUAAUAGUAGUAUUGAUUAAAUUAAUCAAGAAUGUACGCUUUUUUGUACAAUGUCGUGUAAAUCAGAACUGUGACUGUAACGUCCUGCCUUGAGGGCCGAGUUAGUCAUCGAAGGAACUCGUCUAACACGUUAAUUGUAACACAACAUAAACAGUGUAUGUGAACAUUACACCACAAUGAAGAA